AUGCGGUGGAAUCACAGCUUAGCCCCUUCGUUGGGUCUAAUCCUACUAACCAGCACCGCCAAAGCCACGGUCGACCUCUCACAAUACGUGAAUGUGUUCAUCGGCUCUGAAGGUCCAGAUGGAACAGGGGCCGGCGGAGGCGAUAUUUUUGUGGGCGGUGCACGGCCGUUUGGUGUUGCGAAGGUGGGCAUAGACUCGACGGCUGCGAAUUGGACGACUGCUAUUUUGAAUGGAGGAUGGACGCCCGAUGGAAACGUUACGGGUAUUAGUAUGAUGCAUGAGAGUGGGACUGGGGGCGCACCCAAGUAUGGACUGAUUGCCCAGAUGCCGUUGACGUCGGUUGAGGCGCCGGUCAAUAUCCUUGACAAUCAGACUUAUAGUCAGCCGAGGAUUGGAGAUGAUGAAGCUAGUGUGGGAUAUUAUAAGACUCGACUGGAAAGUGGGGUGACUGUUGAGUUAUCUGCUUCGCGUCAUGCUGGAAUUAUGGAGUAUUCGUUCCCGGAUGGGGAGAAGCAUGUUCUUGUUGAUGUGUCUCAUUAUCUACCUGGAUCACCAGGUGACUCCGGAAGUCAAUUUUAUGUUGGUGGGGAGAUUGAAAUCGAAGAUGACGGGAAAUCAUAUAGUGCUCCAUUUACAGUCUUCUUCUAUGGGGAGUUUUUCGAGACUCCAGACCAGGCACGCACAUUUUCCGGCGUAAACACAGACCCAAUUCCCAAGUAUCAAAACCUGGCGAAUGGUGGAAUAAGCCAACCGACAUACGGGAAUCAGACCAAAAAAGCCAACUCGGGACCAAUGAACAACCGCAUCGGUGCAUUGAUGAGCUGGAGUUCCGGGUCGGCUUCAAGUGUUGUCUCCCGCGUGGGAAUUUCCUCAAUCUCUACCGCAAGAGCACGCUCCUACAUCGAAAAAGAGAUUCCAUCUUGGACGUUGAAUGACACUGUAGCUGACGGGGUCAAAGAGUGGAAUAAGGAUGUAUUCAACAAGAUUCAGGUUCCAUUGGAUGAUUCGGCGAACAUGACACAUGUCAGGCUGCUGUAUAGUUCUCUAUACUUCAUGCACUUGAUGCCAUCCGACCGGUCCGGCGAGAAUCCUUUAUGGGAUUCUGGUGAGCCAUUCUGGGAUGACUUCUACACCAUGUGGGAUAUCUUCCGCUGCACGGUCAGCUUCUAUCACAUCUUCCAACCAGAGUACUACGAGUCCAUGAUCCGAGCUCUGAUCGACAUCUGGAGACACCAGGGUUACAUGCCAGACGGCCGCUCCGGAAACUGGAACGGCCUCGUCCAAGGCGGCUCAGACGCCGACAACGUUCUAGCAGACGCCUACGUGAAAGGCCUCCGCGGCUCAAUAAACUGGACAGACGGCUACGCAGCAAUGCUUAAAGACGCAGAAGUUACACCAUACAACACAUUCGACCCUACGGAUUUCACCGCCAGUACAAAAGAAGGUCGUGGCGCACUAGACGACUGGAAAGAGCUUGGCUAUGUAUCGGAGGACCGCAACACGCGCAGCAUUUCGCGGACGGUUGAGUAUAGUUUGAAUGAUUUUGCGCUUAGUCAGGUUGCUAAGGGGGAGAUGCCUAGUGAUGUGCAGAAGUAUUUGAACCGGUCGGCGGGGUGGCAGAAUAUUUGGGAUAAGAGUGUGGAGAGUCUGAACUUCACGGGGUUUUUGGCGCCCAAGUUCUCAGAUGGGACUUUCAAUAGUACGGAUUAUGAUCCGAGGUUGUGUGGGGGGUGUGAGUGGUCUUCGUAUACUUAUGAGGCUGUUCCGUGGGAAUAUUCGUUCGUUAUUCCUCAUGAUGUUGAGAGUUUGAUUGAGUUUAUGGGAGGAUCGGAGACGUUUGAUUCGAGGCUUGACAUGAUGUUCAAACCAAACAUGGCUAUCCAAGAUCUUGGUGACAACGGAGCUGGCAUUACCACGUUGAUGAACAUCGGAAACGAGCCCGAUUUCGCUACACCCUACCUGUACAACUAUAUCAAUAAGCAACACAAGAGUGUUGCACAGUCACGCAGCCUCGCUAACGAAUACUUCAAAGACGCCGCUUACGGCAUACCCGGCAACAGCGACGCAGGAGCCAUGAAUUCCUGGCUUUUGUGGCAAAUGCUUGGUAUCUACCCCAUCGUCACACAGCCCGUAUACCUACUUUCUUCACCCUGGUUCCCAGAUCUAAACAUGACUAUUAACGGGAACAAAACGCUCCGCAUCUCCGCGACCGGGUUGGAAGACGGAUUUUACGUGCAGAGCGUGAAGAUCAACGGGGAAAAGUGGACCAAAAACUGGUUCGAGCACGAAGAUAUCAUGACCAACGGCGGAAGAAUCGAGUUCGAUUUAGGUCAGGAUGCGAAGAUGUGGGAAAGUGGAGAUGUGCCGCCUUCACCUGGACAUGUGGAAUUGAAAUAG